AUUUUGAAGUUCAUUUCGUCUGAUACAAAAUUGUAAGUGGUGUUUCUGACAGAAAAUUUUAGGGAAAAUUUAGCAGGAAGGAACCAUAUCUGUGAGCACAGAUUCUAAUUCACCGAUCUAAUGAGGAGAAUUAAAAGCGCAUGAGUGAUUUAUGUUAAGUUGCCCGAUGCCCAAUGCGUUGUGGUUCGACAAGGGGACCGCCAUUGGGCGGUUAGGUGUCGUGAAGCACGAGAGAAAGCUAUGUAAUGCGACGUAUGGACGUAUUUAUGCUAAAUGAAACUAUGUGCUAGAAAAACUCCAUCCCUCAUUUUCUUGGGAGUAAUUUCUUUUUCUAUUUCUUCCUAGGUGGACUUGCAAUGGCAAUUCCUGGCGAGCUAAAAGGUCUAUGGGAAAUCUAUAAAAGAUUUGGAGGCGGAAUUGAAUGGAGCGAACUUUUCGGUGAUACGAUCGACCUUUGCAGAGAGGGCAUUCCAGUCACUCAGAAUCUUGCUAUGCGCGCUAAAGAAAAGGCACCCGACUUUGAAAAAUAUACUCUCCUAAAAGAAAUGCUGACGGACCCUGACACAGAGGAGCUGGUGGAAGAGGGUGGUAUCAUGCUCCGGCCAAAAUUAGCCGAUACAUUAAAAGUGAUACGACAGGAGGGCGGCGAUGCGCUCUACACUGGGUCAUUGUCAAAAAGCUUCGUGGAAGACUUGAGAGACGCUGGCAGCAUUAUAACAGAAGCGGAUAUGGCUAGAUACACCGUGAAGAUAGAGGCAGUUUCGGUUCCAGUGCCUCUCAAAGAUGGAAUGAACUUAUACUCAUCGCCUUUACCUGCAUCCGGACCUACUGUUGAGUACAUUCUGUCGUUAUUGAAUGGGAUACUUCCUGGUGAGGACCUAGCCACAGACUUUGUCAAAAUUGUUGAGGCAUUUAAAUUUGGAUUUGGUCAGCGCACGAAAUGUGGUGACCCUGAUUUCGUUGAUGUCAAAAAUGUCCUUGACCUAAUGAGAGACCCGGAACACAUCCAGCAAGUACAAGAGAAAAUAUCAAAUCUGGCAACGUCACAAGAUCCGUUCUACUACGGGGCAAAUUUCUCAGCGGCAGCAGCCCACGGCACGGGGAACAGAGUGAUUCUGGCUCCGAAUGGAGAUGCUGUUGUUUUAUCGAGCACCAUUAAUUUGUAUUUCGGAAGUUUCGUCAUGUCGCCAUCAACAGGGAUACUGCUGAACAAUGAAAUGGACGAUUUUUCGCUGCCAUCUGUCAACACCUCCCAAACCCAAACGUACCCUCCGUCGCCGGCCAAUUUCAUUCGGCCGUAUAAGCGACCUCUUUCCUCGAUGUGUCCCGUCAUAGUCCUGGACGAAAAUCGAAAUGUGCGGCUUGCGGUUGGCUCUGCGGGUUCCGAGAAAAUCAUCACGAGUGUUGUUCUGAUUGCCAUUAUGAAUCUCUGGUACAACAAAACUCUCGAAGAGGCAGUGAACUAUCCUCGCGUUCAUCACCAACUUUACCCCAUGUCUGCAACUUACGAAGACGGUCUCAGCAAGGAUAUAGUCGACGCUUUGAAAAGUGCAGGUCACAAGCUUCAAAGGCUGACGGAUAAAUUGAAUUACGGAUCUGCAGCAACCGCUGUUGCUAAAAUCGAUGGUGAAAUCACAGCUAUUGAUGACUUUCGCAGACCGGGAGGUUUUGCUGGAUACUGAAUGGCAACAAUGUAUCGUAUGCAUCUUGUACCCUAGUAAUUCAAAUAAAUUCUUGAGUAGCUA